AUGCAAGCCAAUGUGGUGGCCAAUAGUACGGCAGCAGCACCAACAACAACAGCUGCAAAAACAACUUCAUCAUCUACGAUAAAUAAUAAUAGGAAAACUCAAGUAGUUGGUAGUAGCAUUAAUAACAAUAAGAACAAUCAUUUUAGCAACAGUAAUAAAUUAUUAGCCUCAGCAGCAGCAACAACAACAACAGCAAUGCAAAAUGGCAUUAGUGGUAGCCUUAGUAGUGGUAAUCCAAAGAAUUUACUCAAUCAUCAUCAGCAGAAUCAGCAGCAGCAGCAUUCUAUGAAAAGACUCAGCAUUUUGAAUACCAACAAACACCUGCCCGAUCAACAACAACAGCAAAUCUAUCAGCUGCAACCAUUCCCCCCACCCUCGAUGCUUCAUCAGCCAAACCCUCGAUCAUCAUUGGGCUCGGCAUCACCUCAUUUCUCUUAUACCUUGCAGAACAACAAAACCACCAACAACAAAUCACCACAAGCUUUUUAUCACAACUCAUUGAAGGCCAAGGAUUUAAAGGUGCUCAAAUUAUCGCUGGCCAGAGAUCACAAUGGUGACAAGGACGACGAUGAUGAUGAUGAUUCGUAUGGUGGUGAAAAUGCCAUCAUGGAUGACAUCUUGGCCGACAAUCGUGGUGAUGAGGAUAGUGAUUAUUAUAUGCCCUCCUCUUUGGAAAUUUUGGGUAUACAAAAAGCUUUAGAAAAUCUAGAAAAGUCGGUAGGAAAAACAGUCGAUGAUGACGAUGGUGAUAAUGAUGAUCUGGUAGCGGGUGAUAAUUUGGUAGUUCAAUCAACGAUAAUGGCUAAUGAUUUUGAAACAACAAAAAAUGCAACAAAUAGUUUAUUAAAGCUACAACAGCAACAACAUCAAGAGGAUAGAGAAUACGAACAACAACAACAACCGGAAAACGAUGAACAAAAUAUAACAAAAACAACAACUACAACUACAACAAACAGGCUGUGGUAUCAUUGAUGAAACCAAUGGAUUUGAGCGCUUAAACUCUGCAAGUAAUAUUUAAAAGAAAAAAUGAAAAAAAAAACCUCCCAUAUCUUACCAGGACGUAUAGCCAGCCAGAAAAAUGUUGCCUUGAAACCAUAAUUGGCAAUGAAUUUGCUCAGCACAAAGAAGGUAAGGCCACAAAGCCCCCCCCAUCUCCCCAAAAAAAAAAAACAAAAAGAGAAAAAAAACUACAAAGCAACUGCUAAUAGCUGGCGAAAAAAAAAACAAGAACACAAGAAAUUCCCAAACAAAACUUACGAUGGUAAUGAUGGCGAGCAAUGGAAUUCUCACAACCAAAUAAAGAACAAGUAAAAAAAUACAAUACAAACGAAAACCCACAUUAAAUUAUAAAAAGAAACAGAACUAGAACACCGUAUGCUUUACCUUAAAGAAAAACUAAAACACACACACAAACACAUUCACACGACAAGAAAUUUACAAAAGGAAUAGAAAAACAGAAAAUUUCCCACAACAAUACCCCAAGAGGGUAUACAUGUUAUGGACUUUGGGUCUAGGGUUUUUUUUCUUUCUCUGCCCAGGAAAACACAACACGACAUAAGCUGAAUAAACUCACACACACACACACAUACACCCAUAAACUAACACCGAGAGCAAAGAAAAAUAGCAAGAAUGAAAGAAAAAAUAUAGUUUUUUGUACCAAUAGAAAUAUUUAUUAAAAAAAACGGACUUUAAGGAUAUUUUCUUUUUCAAAGAUAUUCUUUCUUUUGGUUUUCAAAGUAGAGUAGAGUAUUUUUGAGGAUAGCACCUAUAAUUUUUAGGAUAUAUAUAUAGGAAAAAUAAAAAACAACAACAAGUAACUCAUACCUAACAUGAAAUGAAAACAAAAAAACAAGAAAACUUAUACUGAAAAUUUUGCCAACGAACUUAACAAAAAAAAAAAAAAACAAGAAACAAAGGAAAACGUAAGAAAAAUUAUUAAAGUUUUAAACUAAACUCACACACACACACAAAACGAGAGAACAAAACAAAAACUUAUUAAAAACGAAAAGCUAAGCACAAGAACUGUUUUUGUAAAUAUAUUUCAGAGAAUGAAAAAAAAAAAAAUAAAAA